AUGGCUUCCAAGCUCAGCUUGAAUACCUCAGAACUCUUCAUAUUCAUCUUCCUGGCUGCUGCUUUGGCUUCUGCUGAGCUCUCACCAACCUUCUACGACAACUCAUGUCCAUCAGCUCUGCGCAUCAUUCAGUCCACUGUUAGAGCUGCUAUCUCCAAGGAGAGACGCAUGGGAGCUUCUCUCCUCCGACUUCACUUCCAUGAUUGCUUCGUUAAUGGAUGUGAUGGUUCUAUUCUGCUGGACGAUACUCCAAGCUUCACAGGAGAGAAGACCGCGGGACCUAAUAAUAAUUCCUUGAGAGGAUUUGACGUUGUGGAUAGCAUAAAAUCAAAUGUUGAGGCUUCUUGUCCUCAGGUGGUCUCAUGCGCUGAUAUAUUAGCCGUUGCUGCUCGUGACUCUGUGGUUGCGUUAGGAGGGCCUUCAUGGACUGUUCUGCUGGGCAGAAGAGAUGCAACAACUGCAAGCUUCAGCCAGGCAAAUACUGAUAUUCCUGCGCCAACAUUAGACCUUAGUGCUCUCAUAUCAGCUUUUUCGAAAAAAGGCCUCAGCACCAAAGAUAUGAUAUCCCUCGCAGGUGCACAUACAAUAGGGCAAGCAAGAUGCACUACAUUCCGAAGCCGAAUCUACAAUGAAAGCAACAUUAAUACUUCAUUCUCUUCAUUUCAACAGAACAAAUGUCCACUCUCUAAUGGUGAUGAUAACCUCUCUCCACUUGAUGAAAUUAGCCCAAAUUAUUUCGAUAAUUUUUAUUACAAAAAUCUAUUGAACAAAAGAGGCCUUCUACAUUCUGAUCAGCAACUCUAUAGUGGAGGCUCCACAGAUUCUCAAGUGUUAUCUUAUGCAUAUAAUCUCUCCAAAUUUCUCAGUGAUUUCUCAGUUGCAAUAGUAAACAUGGGCAAUAUAAGUCCUCUAACUGGAACAGAUGGAGAGAUCAGGAUUAACUGUAGAAGGACCAAUUGA